AUGGACUAUGAGAAGUUCAUUCAAGCACACAGAGAGACUAAUGCUGAUAUCACAAUGGCUGCACUACCAAUGGACGAGCAAAGACCCACUGCUUCUGGGCUCAUGAAGAUCGAUCAGGAAGGACGCAUAGUUGAAUUUGCCGAAAAACCAAAGGGGAGCACCUAA